AUGGCCUUGGCGGCGCUUAUGGCCUCCGUUGAGGCAUUCUGUGCCUCCAAGAUGGAUAUGAGAACGUUCGCCGAUACGAAGUACUACCGCCGCCAUCUCUGCUUCUCGUCGCGUCAGCUGCACAAAUUCUGGCCCGCUAAUUUUGCGCAGAAGGGAGCCCCGUGUGAUCGGGUCGAGCCGUUGGGCCGACCAGCUAUCCUCCAAGCCGAGGACGGCUCCCAUGUCUUCGGGACAUGUGGCGGGUACGCGUGGUUCCGCCGAGAGGACCGGGCCAAGGGGCUCGGUUACUCGAGUAAACUCAACCCCGAGGGCUUCCGACAGCGCGAGUACACCAUCGAUCCGGAGCGGAUGGAUCCAGGUCAACGUUGGCCGCACUCGAUCCUUAAGGUCCUACAGGAUUACCGUGACGGACGCCUGAUCUACAGGCCGGGGGACAAUUCCCCCACCCACCCGGACGCACAGCCGUACUGGGCGACCGUUGCCGCGAACCUCGACCAACGCAGGCGAUCGAAGCUCCCCGCGAGAAUGCCCUCUUUCGGUGACAGACCGCUCGACCUGUGGACCGCAGACGGCAAGGAAAAAUGGACAGCCUACAAGUUUACGAAGAACGUCUACGACAACUGGAUGCCCGCUCACUUCAAGAGGAUCUGCGCCGCCAUCGACGAAAUCCUAUCCGACAUCAGCUUCGACGUCUCAGAAAUGCGCUCCUCUGCGGAUCUGACGCAAUCGGAACGAUCCAUAUCGGUAGUUGGCUCGCAUGCCGGCUCGAGCAUUAUUGCAGACAUUGAACAUGCGACUCCUGAUACAUCUGUCUCGCAAUCGUUCAAGAGACCAAAGCGACGUCGGUGA